GGCCACGUCUCUUCUACCGGACACCAAACCCAACCCACAAAGCCGAUCCUUAAAUCCUCCACACGUUCCUCUCUCUCUGCAGCUGCCUCUGUCUCUGUCUCUCAUAUUUUUAAGAAGAAGAGACUGAGAAGGAAGCAAACUAAUAAUGGCUCUCACAAGCAGCAGCUCCUUGAUUCCCACCGAAUCCUUCGUUCAAGCCCAUUCUUCUCUCCCGCUUUCUCCUAGUCGCUGUCCCCACCAACCACAUAUCCCCGCCAAGCCCAGGUCACUCCCUUUGAUCUACGCCGUCCACGCUGCCGAACCCGCCAAAAAUCCCAUCGUAUCCGAUAAGCAGCCGAAGCAGCAAAUAGCACCAUCAGCAGCUCUGUCAACGACAACAACGAAAACGACGACCACCCACAAUGUGGUUUCGAAGACGUGGAGCGUGGACAGCUGGAAGACUAAGAAAGCGCUCCAGCUGCCCGAAUACCCGAAUCAGGAGGAGCUCCAGUCUGUGCUUCGGACCCUCGAUGCGUUCCCCCCGAUCGUGUUCGCCGGAGAGGCGAGGAGCCUCGAGGAACGGCUGGCCGACGCCGCCUCGGGCAACGCUUUCCUUCUCCAAGGCGGUGAUUGCGCCGAGAGCUUCAAGGAAUUCAAUGCCAACAACAUCCGUGACACGUUCAGAAUCAUCCUCCAAAUGGGUGCUGUUUUAAUGUUCGGUGGUCAAAUGCCUGUUAUCAAGGUGGGGAGAAUGGCGGGUCAGUUUGCGAAGCCGAGAUCGGAGCCAUUUGAGGAAAAGAACGGUGUGAAACUGCCGAGUUACAGAGGGGACAACGUGAAUGGAGAUGCUUUCGAUGAGAAGUCUAGGAUUCCGGAUCCUGAGAGAAUGAUUAGCGCCUACUGUCAAUCUGCAGCCACUCUGAACCUUCUGAGGGCCUUCGCUACCGGAGGUUAUGCUGCCAUGCAGAGGGUCACCCAGUGGAAUUUGGAUUUCGCAAAGCAUAGCGAGCAGGGAGAUAGGUACCGGGAACUAGCUCAUCGUGUUGAUGAGGCCCUGGGAUUCAUGGCUGCAGCUGGACUUACCGUUGACCAUCCUAUCAUGACAACAACCGAGUUCUGGACAUCCCAUGAAUGCUUGCUCUUGCCAUAUGAGCAAUCCCUAACCAGGAGGGAUUCAACCUCAGGCCUUUACUACGACUGCUCUGCCCAUUUUCUUUGGGCUGGGGAACGCACCAGGCAGCUAGAUGGUGCCCAUGUAGAGUUUCUUAGAGGGAUUGCUAAUCCCCUCGGCAUUAAGGCGAGCGAUAAGAUGGAUCCAAGUGAGCUUGUCAAGCUCAUUGAGAUUUUGAACCCUCAGAACAAACCUGGGAGGAUAACACUGAUCACAAGAAUGGGAGCUGAAAACAUGAGAGUGAAGCUUCCUCAUCUAAUUAGGGCAGUACGCAGAGAAGGUCAAGUUGUUACAUGGGUUAGUGAUCCUAUGCAUGGAAACACAAUAAAGGCUCCCUGUGGUCUCAAAACUCGUCCCUUCGAUUCCAUCAGGGCUGAGGUGAGAGCGUUCUUUGACGUGCAUGAGCAAGAAGGAAGCCACCCGGGAGGAGUUCAUCUAGAGAUGACGGGCCAAAACGUGACGGAGUGCAUUGGUGGGUCACAAACUGUGACCUUCGAUGACUUGGGUUCGCGUUACCACACCCAUUGUGAUCCCAGGCUCAAUGCUUCACAAUCUCUUGAGCUGGCUUUCAUCAUCGCCGAGCGUCUACGAAAUAGAAGGAUUGCAUCUCAGCCAAAUCUCUUGCCUCCUUAGGGGAUCUGGACGGCUUUAAGCGCCCACCGACAUGUUUGUUCUUUAAGUCAUUAGUAUCUGUAUUUACCGUUAUCACUCUUGUAUUUCGUCUUUGUUAUGAUGUGUACUGAAUGUGUAUAAGCUUUGUACGACAAAAUGGCAAUGGGAUGUGACAUUUAGAAAAUUAUAUUUACAAGUCGAAGACCAGGAUAUAUCCUUA